AUGACGCUUCCGGUCGUUCGUUUUUACGGUUUGGUUAUCGUGAAGAUGAGCGGCAAAACUUUUCUUCGGUGUGAAACGUCUUCACUGCUGAAUCCCAACAACAGAUUGCAUGCACAAUUUCUGCAGCAACCCUUCAACUACAAGGUGUCUGUGCUGCUCCCUGACUGUGCUCAGUCCCAACUAGAAGCCACCCUAAGGACUUUCCAAAGCUUCUACCUGAUCCAUAACCUUCCUCUCUAUGAAUUACUGGACAAAGGCCUCCAUCAAGGAAGCGUGUGCGGCCUGUCCUACAAGACACGCAUUGAUGAAGAUAACUGCGCCUUCCUGGAGUCAAACGGACGUUUGUCUUUAUCACUGGAUAAAGACUCGUACGAGCUGUUCGGCGUUGAGGGCAAAGCCUGCAAAGCCAACUCCGGCAGAUAUGUGGUGACCGUGGACUUGACGGACGUCAGCAUGGCGCCGGGCGGGUGGGGUUACAAGCGUCUCCUCAGCGGCCUGACAUCACGCCUCCCUCUGAAGAUGGACUUCCUGUUGGCGACUCCUUCAGGUAACAGCGACCAACUACAGUCACUCCUUUUGCAAUACGAUUGGUCGCAGCACACGCCGGAUGUCGUCAGUCGGCUUCUGAGUGACCUGACGCUCCCCAGCCUGUUGACCUCUGACCUGCGCUCGCACGACCCCUUCGACUUCCUGGAGUGGCUCGGGGCCGUCCAAGCAGACAUAUGCCAAAACAACGCCAGCGACGACUUCUUGUCCACGUUGGCGUAUCUUCACCCGGUAUGUGCGUCUAUGCCGAGCUCGCUUCUCCUGUCUGCGCGCGGUCUGCUGCUUCCCGAAAACGUGGAGACGAUCGUGCAACAGCUCAGGCGCAUCUUUGAGGAGCCCCACUCGCCACCCUGGGCAGCAGUCACAGUUUACGGCUUUGCCGACAGUUUGGACCCGUGCCAGCGACACUUCUACACACUUCUGCUUUUUCCUGACCACGCCUACUCUCUUUACCUGGCCACGCCUGCCUCGUGA